AUGUCCUAUAGGGUGGAGUGUGAGAAGUCUGUGCAGCUUGUGGAUGGAACUGGUGUCUGCUCUGGGAGACUGGAGGUGAAGUCCAAUCAGUCCAAUCAGUCCCGGGCCUCAGUGUGUGAAGCUGACUUUGACCAGCAGGAUGCAGAGGUUGUCUGUGGGGAGCUUGGCUGUGGGGCUCCUGCAGCUCUACAGGGGGGGCUCUAUGGAGAAGGUAAGGGUCAGACCUGGGAUAAAGAGUUCCAGUGUAAAGGCAAUGAGUCCCUUCUCCUGGACUGUGACACCUCAGACAGAAAAAACAACACCUGCCUACCUGGUAAUGCUGUUGGACUCACCUGCUCAGAGCCUGAUGAUGUGAGGCUGGUGGGAGGAGGCAGUCGCUGUGCUGGUGGAGUGGAGUGGUACUACCAGGGAGAGUGGAGGACUGUGGGAGCUGAUGACUGGGACCAGGCUGUAGCUGCAGUAGUGUGUAGACAGCUGGGUUGUGGCUCCACUGUUUCAGUACUACCUGGAAACACCACUAGAGGGUUUAGUGUUAUCUGUUAUGGGUCUGAGCCUUCACUGAGGGAGUGUAGGAGAACAAAUAAUCUCCUUCCUGGACUCACAGUGAUCUGCUCAGAUCUCCUGGUCCAGCCUGAUAUCUUCCUGACUGACUCAAUGGGAGGGGUCUCCAGGGGCCACCAGGGGCCCGAAGUGUUUAGGGGCUACAACUUCACCAUCACCUGCUCCACUCAGCCACAGUACCCAGGAGGCUCCUUCCUCCUCACGUUCACCGGCUCCAACAGAACCCAGACCCAGCCAGCUGUCAAUCACUCUGCUGCCUUCCUCUUCCCUGCUGCAGAUGACUCCCACCAAGGGAACUACAGCUGUGUUUAUGACAAUUAUGUUUUCUCUCAUAACUUCUUCUCUGAGAGUGAGCUCCUCAACCUCACCGUCACAGCCUCUCCUCUGCCAGCCUUCAUCAUCAGACACGUUGUAGUGCUGCUGAUCCUACUGACAGCCAUCACCACCAUCUACCUGUACUACAAGACCACCAGGAGGCAGAAGAGAGUGAACAGGGUGAGCAGCAUGGAUCUUUAUGUUGAUGCCAAUGCCAUGGAGAUGGUCUCUCUGAGCUCCAGAGCUGAAGCUGGACCGGGAGAGGAGAGAGCAGCCCAGGGGACUGAGUAGGAGUAGAAUGACGCUGACCCUACAUGCUGAUCUUAGGUCAGUUUUGUGUUUUGAACUCGAUGGUCAGCAGUGGACUGGUGUUUAAAAUGUGGUGACAAACCUUAAGUGGUUCUAAUUUUAAUAACAUUUUCAGAAUUAGUUUAUCUUUUUAUAACCUUGGAAGAAAUCUAAAAGGAGUGAUUGUAACCACCAUUAUUAAUUUUGUUUGUUUUGUAC